AUGGGGGCACUUUUAGAUGGAAAUAAAUAUGUUCAUGUAUUACUUCUUGGAACAUAAGAUGUUGGAAAAACCAAAUUCUUAUAUGAAGGCUUGCUACAAAAUAGUAAUCAAAAAUUUUAUCCAUUAAGAAUACAAAGAUCCUCCUUAUAAACCAACAGAAGGUUAUAACAUGGAAUGUAUGAAAUAUGAAUAAACCACAUAUGCAUUAUGGGAUCUGGCAGCUUCACCAGAAGUAAAUUAAAAUUUAAUCUAGUUCAUGACUCUUUGGCAUGUGUUUUAUUAGUUCAUUCCAUUUAAAGUUACAAUCUUUGUUGUUAGAGUCAUUAAAGGAACAAAAGCUUAAAGAUCUAAACAUUAUGAUAGUAUAGGUUAAUCAAGAUAAUUGUUACAUCGUCUAAUGACUCUAGAAGUAUUUUAAACAAAACCUCUUCUUCUUAUAGUGAAUGUAAAAAUUAAUUAAAUUCUAGAUCGAAAAAGAUCAAAGUAGUUAACAAGGUGAUAAAUAAGAUGCACUUAAUGAAGCUAAGGCUUGUUUAAAUUGGGAUGAUAUCAAAGUUAGAGACAAAUAAGCUAUUGUGCUUGAUGUACAUGCCUAUUUAGAUCAUGAAUAAGUUUUGAUGGCAAUGGAUAAAAUGUAUAAAAAAGCAGAAGAAGAAGAUAAUAAUAAAAAAGAUUGA